AUGACCCAUGCUGAAUGUGAAAGAGAUUACAAAAUUGGGUCAGGCUCCUCCGGACACACGUGGGAUAUUGGCAAGUGUCGUGACGGGCAUAGUUUUCAGGGUAAGGAUUGCGUCGCGAAGUACAUCGGCCCUGGUCAAUACACGACGAAGACGCUGGCAACGGAAGUCAUGCUGCAGCACCUCCUGUGGACCUACUUUCACACCAAGAAGAGCAAUAUGCCAAAUUGCAUUCCGUUUGUCGACCAGGUGAUAAUCGAAGGAGCCUUUGGGGGCGCUAUCAUUGUCAUGGAAAAACUGGCCGCGGCUGAGCCCGUGCAACUCUAUGCUGCCGGUGGUAGCGACCCGCUGGAGCAUGCCGAAAGGGCCUUCGAGUGUUUGAAGAUUUUGAACAACGAGAUCUUCGUCACUCAUGGUGAUUUCAAGGCCGCUAAUGUGGGACUUGCAACACAGGGCAGCGAUGAAGGCGCACUCCGUCUCAUUGACUUUGGGCUUUCGACCGCGUGGAAGGUCCAGAAUUAUCCAGCGGCCGGUUCGGGCUUCGAAGUUGUCUUAUGCUGGCUCUGUGGGUUGCAUGAUAUUUCAGCUUCUGCGUAUUGUUAUUGGCUGAUUACUCGCUUGGUGAUUAACAUUAAAUUACUGUAGUAAGCUUUGUCGACGUUUCUUUGGCUCCUCAGCACUUCUUUCGCGUUGACUUCUUACAAAUUAUCACUAGGGCGCGCCCGAUCGCGAUGUCUCCCUGCUUCAGCUGCUUUAGUCUGAAAAUGCAGCGUUGAGACGAGUGACGCCGUAGCUGUAGAUGAAACGUGAAGUUGUGGCGGUGGUGUAUGAAUGCUCCCACAGCUCCUGACGCGUCCGCCGGAGGCAUCAGGGCGCUUGCGUUUCAAGGGUUAGCGAUCGCCAAGGAAUUGAAACGGGCAUACUCCGUAACUAUCUAACAAGGAGCACUCUUGAUGUAGGGGCCUCCGCCAGGGUGCUGCGUCCGCCGUCACCGUGAGGGGCAUUUUAUAGAGGCGAGAAGCCAGCUGAACUCUGCACAAAAGCGGCCGGAAUUGUUUCCAGGCAUACCGUUGCGGGGGUGGUCUGCUUCGCGGCGUCUCCCUUUUGUCUUCUUUCGGGUUCGUGUGUCUUUUUUCUUUGCUUCCCCCGCGCCCAUCCAGAAUCGACCACAGCAAGCGGCGAACAGGUGCCGGGAGGUUCUGGAGGGGCGCGGGGAUUCUCAUCACGCCCGGAGUGCUCCGCCGGAACGCAGGCAAGAAACUCCCUUCGGGGGCCACAGUGUGCGGGGGCGGCUUUGGUGGUUUUCACCAGGCCCGGGGGGUUGAAUCUUGUCCGAAUUUCUGCAGUAUUUCCGGGGCCCCCUCUGCUCUGGCUCGUCUGUGGUCUCUGCCUCUCUCGGCGUUGGGCUCGAAGCUGUUCCGCAUUGCCCAGGGCUGGUCGCUCAGUGUCUUGCCGACUCGCCUUAUGCUUGUUUCUGUCGCUGGCGUCCCCUAAGAGGGAAGUAGACAGGGACCUCACGCAACCGAGCCGCGGAGGGCGAGGAACUGCCUUGAAAGUGCUCUACAGUAGUGCAGAGACUGUUCACCGGGGGGCCCCUCUUGGACGGGUGCACGGCUCAGAGGCGGCCAUACUUAUAGAUAUUGAUAGGGGCCCGCAGCGCUACUUCAUGUUCCACGCGCGAGCCGAUACUGGCUGGGGCGCGUGCGUGUGUUGGGCCUAGUCCGCGUGGUCGAUGCCUGUCUCAGUCCACGCCCGUCCGCCUGGUCGGUUCUUUGCCUUCUGUCUUUCAUGACUGUAACUGCUGGCGCGUCCAAAUCUGUGCCCCCCCCCGUCUAUUCUCGUGGCCAAAGUGUUGCCUCGGGUGCACGUGUUUCGUAGCUUGUGAGCUGACUUCGCGUCCGGUCGAGUCCACGCCGCGUCUUCCCUAGAAGUCCGUGUCUGACUCUCUGUGCCCACCCCGCGUUUUGCCUGUCCACCUCGGCCCCUGUCCGUGCCGUUCCGGGUCCAUAUGCCAGCGCAUGAUACUUAGCUAUGCAAGAAUUGUCGCCUGCCUCGAAAUUUCUUCACCUGUUUCUAUGCAUUACAGCACGCACGCCCCUCCGCCAGGUGCCUUCCAAGAAAUGAUGGCCCCGGCCCCCUUCAUUGAUUUAGCCCCCCCUCACGUCCUUAUUGGACUGCCCAAUAACUUCCCAGCCAAAGUUUCCCCGGGGUGGGGCUGUCUGUGCUCGGGAGGUCUAGGAGAGAGAGCGGGCGCCGGGGGGUGUAGAUAGGAGGCGCCUGGCGUUGCAUCUUGCGCAGCGUCCUUCGCGGGUGGGGUAGCGCAGUGCGUGGAGCAAAUCGCGGGAGUAGAGUCGCGCGCGCCGCUGAGCCUCGCGAGGAGCGGAACCAUUUAUGAGACGUGCGCGCCUCUGAACCUCUUGCGGAACCUACCCGCAGGCAGGAGCACGCCGGACCGGCGUAGGAUCCUCAAAAAAGUGGAUUGCUUUGGGGCGGCUCUGACCCUCUGCGGAGCUCUUCUUGCUUGGGGCGCGCCAGGAGGGCCGCCACGGCGAGGAGCCCUGCCCGCGAUCGUGUCGCCCUCUUUCCUUUGGGGCCACCUCUGCUUGCGGACCUUCAGGCCCAGCCCACAGGAGCGCGCGGAACCUCGUAGGAGCCUCGACGCAGGAGUGGGCCCUUGGGUUUUGUAUAGGGGGGCCAGCCUCACAGGGGAGUGGGCUUCCCCUUUUCGUGUCUCGUACCUUCUGCGGGUGCUAGAGAGAAGUGCCGUGGAGUUUUAAUUAGAUGACUCACUUUGGUGAAUGUACUCCUUUCCAUAUCUGAUAUGAUGGGCUUAGCCUUUCUUAGCAGCUCCCGCCCCUAUCUGUAAAGACUGACAAACGGGCGGGCACUGUCGUGUGUAGGUAGGUGUCUCUGGCUCGAGAUAAUUAGCCGGGAGGGCUGCUAGCAGUCUUACUCGUGUCGCAGGUUUUCUUCUUGUAAUCUUUCAUCUAACUUUCGUCAGGGGGCUAUGUAUGACUCUUGACUUUCUCUAGUUCUUGACAACAAUUGCUUGAAACAGCUGACAAGCAUCCGUUUGCGGGGCCUGCUGUUGUAGACGCGUCGGCCUUUUUGCUUUUAUUUGAAGUACGUAUAAGCGAGAUGAGAGUGAGACUGACAUGGCCUAAGGUGGCUCUCUGACUUUCUUAUUUCGUGUGCUCUAAUCAUCCUCGGCGCAGCGAGGGAUAGAAAAUGGCAGACCGAGCCGCAGACUGUGGGAAGAAGAGUUACGUGAAGCUUUUCAGCUUACAUUUUUUAUAUUCGCUGCGGUAAAUUCAUCCCAUUCCCUAUCACGGCGCCCGCGGCGUCCAUCUGCGUCUGCGCCCGUAAUCAAUGGCCCAAGGAACGCGCAUGAUACUGUGUUUCCGUUUUUGUUUUAUUUUGGCUCUCACCGUCUCCAGCUCCACGCUUGCUUCUCAUCAGGGUGUUCCAGUCUGGCUCAUCUAAAAUUUUUCAACUGAUGGCAAGGAACUGUCAUAACAAAAUCACUCACCUCAUGGCAGGCCUUCUGCGGGUCUUUGGUGUUGAAGGUCUGGGCGCAAAAGUCAAGUCGGCUGCCUGGCUUUCCCACCCAGCUAUUGUUUGCUGUUUACACUUUUACAAUUCUUGUUCUUAGCCUGGCACGCUUCAACGCCUAAGCCUUUGAUGUCAUUUGAGGGCCUCCCCAUUCGCAUUCUAUCUUCCACACUCUCUCCUCGGGCCGGUAAUUCAUUGUAGCUCUGCCCCUGUCUGGUGUUGAGUGAUCUAGUUUCGAUACUUGCUGCGAUAUGAUUCUACCAUACCAAGUAAGAGGAGGCCGCUGCUCAAGGUUUUCGUUGUAUCUUUUUGAAUUUUUCUAAAUGUCACUGUGACGCGCUACACCUCUACUAGUGGAUCAGACACAGUGUAGGCAAAAAAGCAGUCCUUAAUCUCAAUGUGCUGGGGGCGAUGCGUAGUGGAGUACUUUUAGCCUUGCGUGCUGGUCAUCGUAAAUGGACUGCAGCGCGCGGGCUUUCAGAUUCAAACUGAAACUAUUAAGCGAUAGGUCACUUCCCGUGGUUUAUAUUAAAACUAAUCGCUUCCAAAGUGGCUCACGUUUAGAUCUCCCCCAUGCCCAUAGGUUUAGAAGGCCUCAACACUUGGAAAGUUGUUAUAGACCAUACUAAGCCGGGCUAAGCUUGAAUCUAUCUGAGACCUUCCCGGUCUGUCUCACGUGAUGCCACCGAGGUAGCACCUGCUAAACCUGCACGGGGGAAGUGGGUGGACGCCAUGCGGCUCGUGUUGCGUGUGUCGUGUGUUGUCUUUGUUCUGUCUUGGUCGUCCUUCGUUCGUGUGCUUAGUACCUAAGUGAGGAGCUAAGUAGGGCGCUGACGCUGCGGAACUGGAUCAGAAGGCCUCGGACUUCGCUGGGCCACAUUCUCCGCCUGGGAUUCUCCUAAUGGGUUCCACAGUUGCGGAAAAGCUUAAACGGUGUCAGCCUCCUCGUUUGGUUUUAGUUUUUGGCCGCGGAAACAGGUGAGGAGACCGCUGUAGCUUGGCUUUAGCCAGUGCCGGGCCUGCGCGGUGCGUGCUAGGUCUUCUCUUUGUGAAGUUUUAACUUGCUCGGAGUUGUGUAGUUUUUCUGCCUAGGGUGCGUGGUCUGCUGUGGCUACAUGGAAGCUGAGUCUUUCAAGCUGUAGGAGCCCCGUCUAGUUUUAGACUGUAAAGAGAUGGAAGUAGUUCGCUUGAUUUCGUAGGCAGUUCACUUCUAUGGGCCAAAACGGGACGAGCUUCAAGAGGAAAAAUCUCCACUAAGGGCCCGGGCUAGUUCAAAACAGGGCGGGAGUCUAUCUACGUCUAAGAAGUUAGGACAAGCGUUGCUUGGUUGCUAAGCGUGGCCCCCUUCUUCUUUGUUUUUCCCUUCUUCUUUGUCCUCCACGCGCCUCUUCGCCGUCUGUCGUGCUCGGGGCUUCGUUCUGCUUCUUCUUCUUUUCUGUUGGCCUUCUCCGCUUAGCGAUGAGCCCCGCGACCUCUGGUCUGCGCGCUUGUGAGGGAGUUCAAUGUAAAAGAAAAAGCCUGGCGCGCUCUUGUAGUCGGGUUAGUUACCACCACGAACACCAUGCAACACCAUCAAGAAAGCCCGUUCGGUGCUGGCUUUGUUAGCGCGUCGGCGCGCGUCAGAUGUGUCGGACAGUGCCGACAUCUGUCGGCGAGGGAGCAAGCCCACUCACAAAUAAAGCGCAAGCUUGGGGGGUAGUUCUUAUGACCCGAACGCCGACGCCCCUGGGAGGUUUGUUCUAGGCUCGGCGCGUUGUCUCCCCACGUUGGUGGGGUGUUUGUAUAGUCUGGGUUCUUGCGCUCUGUGCUUGGGACGAUGUCGGCAAAGCCUUGCGACUGCGCAAGCUGGACCGGUUCGCACUUCCUUGCCCACCGUCUCCGCGUGUGGUGUGGACAGGACAGCGCCGCAGUCGUUUGCUGCUUAGAUCGCCGCGCCACUGGACAGCCUUACUUAGUAGGCCGCCGGGCUACCUGUAGCCGACCUGCUAGCGGAGGGACCUCCUUGAGAAUCGGAAUCGCUGAAGAGGCCCAUAGGAGUGGAGGCGCUUCGCCUAGUGGUUCAGCCUGAGGCGCGCCACCUUCACCUGCUGCGACUGCGGCGCUCCAACGUGGGCCACAAGUUGCCCCGCAUCCUUCCCAGCUGUCUCGAGUCCACUCCACUCCCGGCAUGAGCGUCCCACGCAAGUGGCGCGCAACGUGUUGAGGCGUGGGCGUCUCCUGUAGUUCUGGCAGCGGGCGCUCAUCCCGCUGCAGCAUUCGCCGCCCCGGUGAUGUCUGACCGAUAAAAUAAGGCAGCGCUAGGCGCAACAACUCGCCAGCCGCGGCUUUGUUUUGGAACUCGCCGGCCGCCUUGGCUUUCUUGGUAGGCUUUUACUUUGGGCGAGCUCGUCCCCGGCGAUCUGCUCUCGGUCUUUGCCUCGCUUUCACUCUGGCUCGCUGCCUCCUCUUGGUCAUUGAUUGUGGAUUGUUGGAGCUCUGCUACCAGCUUCGUUGGCAAGCGUUCGCCACUCGUCCCGGGGCUUCAUGUCAUACGCGUUCCACUUCUUCAGGAUUUUCGUUGCGUGAUUUUUACCGUGGAGCCAGCCUGGGCCGAUGGCGUGUCUCUCUCUUCGCUUCUCUUCUUCUUGUCCACUCGGACGGUACGCCAAGCAACAAAGUGAAGUCAAACGAGUGCGGUUCGAUAAUCUUGCUGGCCUCUUAUCUUUUUUGGUUAUGUCCAUCGUUGUAGGCUUGGGCCCUUUGCUGACCUGGCCCGCGUAGCUAGUCACUUGCGUUGCUGGGCGCUCGCCUUGUUCUUUGGCUGGUUUUCGUGCAGUUGCUAUGAUGUCGCCAACGUAACAAGCCAACAUGGCGCAGAGCUUCCCGCUUGCUUCUGUUCUGUAGUGCCACCCUCUUGGUGUUGGCUUUGGCAAUGGCGUCCACCGCACCCCCCGGGCUGGAGUUUCGCGCCCGCCUUUUCAUGCCAAGCGCUCGGAGAUGGCUCGAACCCGUGCAGAGCCUCUGUCGUAGCUUUUCUUUUGCAGGGUUUUCAUCCUCUUCGAUGAUUUCUUCUGGAGGCAAGUCGAAGAAGCUCGGGCCCUGGUCGGUCUGCUUUGGGGAGAGCUUGAGUCAUGUCCGCGCCGUCAAUGUCUCACCCAUGCUGCGCGGCAUGGGCCAACAACUGGCGUCGGGUCGUAUACUGUUACUAAGUAGCUGCCUGCUGGCAUCGGGGCAGAGGUCUCGUCCUUGGGCAGGGCGUCUUGCGUCGGUCUUUUCGCCACUAGUCGCGACUUCCGUCGGCUGUCGCGCUUUUGCACUCUCACCACGUGCGCGCGAGCCGGUCGCUUAGUUACGGCGUCGCGCCCAGUCUGGCGCGCACCCUUGGCAGGAUCCAGAUCGCUCCAGACUUUCGGACCUUUCAGUCGAUCCAUCCUCCCCUUUAGCGUCUGCUUCCUUCCAUGGAUCUGCUCCAGGGCUUCGCGUUGCUCCUUUCCUUGUUGUGGGUCCACUCCGUGCUUGCCUGGUGCGGUCAGCAGUGCGUGGGAGUGGAAUCUUGCGCAGCCGCGUCGACAUGCUGCAGCCCCUUCGCUUAGGGCUUUGCCUUUGCCACAGAGAGAACCUGAGCAGCAUCGCUAGACGCCUUGGCUUUGCGCUUUCGCUUUACUUUAUCCAAUGGCAUCCAAUGGCCUUCGCGGUCUACCUCGACCGCGCUUGGGUGUCACGUCGGACGCAGAAGCCCUUCUGAGUCUGUUCUUCGUUCCUUUGUUUUCUUGGCCAGCGCUUUGGCGUUUGCUUUUACAUUGGUACGUAGGCAGGGUACCGGCUUGGCUUAGACUUGACUUCGCAAGACCUGCGCCACGGCUGGCGCUGGCCAAUUCGCCUGCUUGGCUCGCUGGCUAGCAUUCUUGCCCAGAGCAGUUGCCCCACUCGCCGGGGAGUCUUCAUCUUUGUGCGCUCUGGGGUGUGUAGUCUGGCCCAGAUUCAGUCCCUGGCGGCUUUCUUGCAACUUGUUGGCGCUCCUCUCGUAGGUGUUGUCGCGGCCUCGUCGCCUGGCGUAGUCUUAGGCGUGUCCACCGUCGGCGUACUAGAUCCAUCCAGCGGACUCAUUUGGUUCUGAACUUGUCAGCCGAAGAAGCUGCCCCGUAGCAUUAGCCGCGCGCAACAUCCGGAGCGCCUCACCAGUUCCACAGGGUGGCGCCGCCAUGGAUGUACUCAGCGCCUAACGCGUCUGGCUGUGUUGUUGGCAGUAGUUCCGUGGGUGGCUUGUCUAAGGUGCUCGAGGUUGUCGCUACUCACCUUGUAAGCCUCGCAGGGCCUAGCUUGCUUCGUUUCUUGUAGGGCGGACUCUCUUGUGCUGUGGAGGUGACAAGAGCGAAACGCUGAGCCCUUCGGGCUAUAACAAACCUGCAAAGACGGCGGGGGCCCACCUGGGUGCGUUCUUGUCUGCAGGGUGGUCGCCAUUUCAUACAUGAAACACAGCGGCCCAGACCGCCUCAGCUUAUGGAAGUUCGGCCUGCGCUUGUGUCUCUCUUCGCUCGUAUGGUGACUGCUUUGCGGUCGGUCGAUCUUCUUCCGUGAAUUCGCGAUCGCGGAGACUGUAGAGCAAGGCCGCACUCAUCCAGCAGAUAUCUGCGAGCCGAGCAUCUACCCCCCAAGUCAAUGCCUUGCCUGACUUUGUUCCCGCUUGUUCUCCGCCAUCUCUCAGGGCGUGAGCUCUUUGUCGGCUGGUACGGCGGGGAGGAGCUGCUGGCCACGAUUUUCAACUCCGCCAAAGCCUUCGCUCGGUUGAUGGUCUGGGGUUCGGGCUUGUUAUCGGGUCUGGUCUCAACAUCGGGAGGCCUCUUAUAUCGGCAGAUCUUCUGCGGCGCUUCAUCAGCGUGCUAGCCUGGCCUCAAUCAAUGCCAUGGCAGCACCAUCGGGGCCCGAUCGUAGCCCCAGUGCACCAAAAAGACAAGCACCCCCGAGCGUGCUUGUCUCUGGAGCUCGCUGGCAGUCUUUCGCGAGGUCCUUGAAAUCGACUCGCCGCCGCUGUUUCGGCCUCACAGGCUUCCAGGUUCUUGUAGGCUGUUGCUUUUUCGCUGGUCGCUUUCCGUGGUCUUGUGGUUGUGUGUGCCGCUAGACACGCCGCGCACUUGAUGCCUUUGCUUUUGGCAAAGGUGGGAACGCUUUGGCCUUUCAUCAUGCUCCAAGAGACUUACGCGCGUGCGCUCUGUGGUUCUCAGCCUUGAGAUAGCGCGCAUCUGUCUCGGCAGUCCAUGCUCGAGCUGGAGCAUGAUGACCGGCAAGCCAUCCUGGCUUACGCCUUGGGGCACGUCGGCCCCCGGCUUUUCUGACUGAACUCCGCCCAGAGGUGGGAAAGAAGUCAGGGCACCUGCUUGCUGCAAGUUGUUGGCAGAUAUAUACACACUACUCAGCGCCGGCCGAUGCACGCUGUGGCGCAGUUCAUGGCGAGAACUGUUGCGGGGCCUGGGGGUGCCCUCCAUUGCUGCCCCAGGGAUUUCUUCGCCUGAGGCUGUGCAUAGAUUGCACUUAGCUCCCAGGCGCUCGAAGCGAGACAAAUACGGCGAGCGGCGAGGCUCGGCCCCGCUAUCGACAGUCGCGCCGACUGGCUGGCCUUCGUCCGCUGUCUUAGGUCUUGCGUGAAGGUGUCUAGUCGAGCAAGUUGCUGGCCGACUUCACUCCCCCGAUCGUGUGCUUGUUCAUUUUUGUCUUCGCCGUCAGCCUGGCUGUGCUGCCUCAACUAGAGGAGGGCUGUGCCCCAGUUGAUUCAUUUGAAAAAAACAAAUAUUAAAGGCUUCCUUGGUUGAUCGUUAAUCUAUUUGGCGGUAGUGGUGUGGUGUAUUUGGUUGAGUGAUUGGAUGAGAGGAAGUGUAGCUUUUUGGUAGUCUUUUCAUUUACACAAGUGCGGACUUUCUUGGCCCGGAUGUCGUGAGGCAUUUGCUUGAGCUCCCUCGGCGUUGCGUGUUCAAUAACAUUCAGCCAGUGCCCUAUGGCUAAGCGCGACGCUUUUGGUUUCAGGCUAAGGAGCGAGAGCCUUGCUUUCGGUUUUUCUUUACUCUCAUCUAAUUAAUCAGCAUCAAGAAAACUAAGCAUAACAAACCUGCAGCACUCACUCACCCGGGCUAGCUACUAGUGAGUGCGUUGAAACUAACUCGGACGUCGAUGCUUGGGCGCUCCUUUAGCGUCCCCCAUCUUAUGGAGCUAGCCUCUGCGUUCCGCGUAAGGUGGUAGCUGUUUUGGAAAGGUGAGGAGUUCCGUUGUUUCAGAGGGUAAAUAUGCUCGAGCUGCGCUGUCGCUGUCGGCACCGCUUGGAGAUAGUGGCGCGCCGUCACCUCCUUCAGAACCUCACCGAGGCUUCGCAGAGUUUGCGCUGUGUCGGGUUGGGCUGCGGCCUUGUCUGCUACUUCCUCCGCGGGCUCUACCUGGCGUCUGGUCUCUGCCCCGUCCUCUCCUCCUCCUCUGUGUGAACGGUUUUGCGAGCGGCUGCGGCUACGCGGUCGGCCUCGGCAGUCCUUGCUCUUGUGGUUGGGGCGGUGGCUGCGGCUGCUCGUGGCUGCACCCGUGUCACGCUGACGCGAGCCCCUGCCGUGUUUGGAGCUGGGGCUUCCAUCCUGGUCGCCAAGGUUGCCACGCGCCGGACACUUCUAGAAGCAGUGGCCAUCUGUUUGACACCGAUCACGCCUGAGCUUGCGCUUUUAUUUGUCGCCGCUGUUCUUCGGUUUCUUGGGUUGCUUCUUCGUAGUUGCCAUUAUGCUGUGGCUUUCUCGUCUCGCUUUCCUCCACUCGUGACUUGUAAAGUAAGAAGCUUCGCGCUGCUUGAGGCUUGCCCCAACCGCGGUGAGACUGCAGCCUUUUUGGUCUAGUAGAUGCGGGGCCAAGUGCUUCCGAUCCGUUUUGGUCUUUUUAGGUUUACGAGAAUCGUCGCCGCUGCAAGGUCACGCGGCUCAACCGCGGGCAUUUCUCGCAAUUCUUCGCGGGUGUUGGCCAUCAGUUGGCUCACUGACUUGGCCCCGCUCGAGUUUGUGACUGACAGUAGCCUCUGGGGUCGAGUGCUCUUACCGGUUGGUCUUGGGUGCUCCCUCUCGGCCAUCAAGAUCAAGGCACGUAGACGCGACCAGAUUGGCUCCUGCCGUGUGGUCGUCUUGCUCUUUUUGUCUCGCCAGCUGAUGUGCCUCACCUUGCAGGGUAGCCAACAGAGCACCCCUCAGGGGCGCUGUUUUUCUUUUCAGGUGAAGAGCGCUCGGACUCUUCUGGAGGGGUGUCCUUUUCUGUUUUCUCUGGGCUGUUGUCUACAAAUUCAACCAGGCCAGCCUCAGCGAGAGCUUGACGGGCAUCCGCUCUCCAUGCCUCGAGGCAAAUCCUUGGGGGCGGCGCCUCUUUUCGAGGAAACGGCAUCCACAUCCAAGACAAGCAAGAGGCAGAAGAGCUCCUCAAACUUGUGGAAGACUGGGAACAUUACGAGCAGACGGGGGAAAUCAUCGACCAAGACAACCGGCGAGCCUGCCCCUGGGGGGUGAAGAAAUGCCAGGGGGCGCAGUCGGAUACUCGCCGGCGUGGUAUGUGCCAGGUAAUGCACGGCACAGGCCAGGCGCGCCAAAAGUGGCUAGAACAGGCCAAAAGGGUAAGAAAGGACGAGAAAAGGUGGGAGGCAUACCACGGGGCCAAGCGAAUGCGCGGGGACCCGAUGACAAAGGUAAAGGCGUACCCAUACAAAGAGAAGGCGUGUGGCUGGCCGGUGGAGGAGCCGGGAAAAUGGUGCGAAGGGUGCAAAAGAAUAGAAGGAGGAGAAAUAUGGGCCACCCACUGCAGGGAAGCCGAGGAGAGAAAAAAAAAGGAGGACCCUGCGGGGAAAGAGCAGGGGGAAAAAGCCAAGGCCCAGAGAAAAAGACAGAGGGAAGAGGAGCGGGACGAUAAGGCAAAAAGAGAGGCCCAACGCAAAGCCCAAAAGAGAGAAGAGACAGAGGAAAAGAGAAGGGAAGGAAAAAAGAGACCCGCGGACAAACCGCUGGAGGGACUCAGGGAAGGGAAGAAGCCAAAGAAGCCCCCAGGGGCGGAAAAGGCUGGGGGAGAAAAGCGGCCAGCGGAGGAGCCGCUGAUAGACCUCAGAAAAGGGAAGAAGGGGAAGAAGCAGCCAGGAGACCAAGAGGAGGAGAAGGGCAACGCCCUCAAGAAAAGGGGGGCACAGAGCAGCCCAACAGCAGCGAAGAGGAAGCAGCAACGAGAACAAAGAACAAGGCCGAAAGAGAGGAAAGGAGCCAGCACAGAAGUGAAGAAAAAAGAAGAGAAAGGGCGGAGACCUGGCAAAGGGACCGCCGGACGAAAUGAGGCCAAGAAGACCACGAAGGGAACAGAACAGCAAAAAAAAACGGCCGAAAUGAAGGGGCCGCUUAAGGGGAGACCCCCCGAUGAAGGGGGAGGCAGUGCAGGAGGGUAAGAGCAAGCGAAACGGGCUCCCCUCGCCUCCUUGGGGUCCCCCGGAGAGGUGGCGGGCGCGGGUCUGGCCUCUCUCUGCGGGGUCGAGUAGGGGCGAUCUUUUAUCUUAAAGAGGGCAACCCUCUUAGGUAAAACGGUUGCAGGGAUGGGAUGGCAUCCCGCCCCACCCGAUCGAGGGGUUUACAUCAUCGUCGUCGCCUCUUUUCGAGCUGGUGAACUCCGUUACUUGCUGCAGCAUUUGUGGAGCCCGUUUGGCGUCUUCGUGGUCGUCUUGCUUUGCUUUGUCCAGCUUGUGGCCUUUCGCUUUCUCGGUGUCCUUGGUUCUCGCGUGCUCGACGCAGUUCAGCAUGGUGAUUCUCCUGCAUCGUAGCAAGCGUGCUGGCUGCUUGCUCUUGGUUAGCUUGGUUGCGUCGCGGUCGCCUGCUGUUGCUGUUGUAGAUGCGUCACAGGCUGCGCCUGCUGCUGCGCCGUGUUGUUCGCCAACUGCAGUAGUGCUGAACUGCGGCCAGCUUGCUGCGUUUGGGGCUGCGGCUGUUGCUGAAAGCCACCGCCUCAGGAGAGGACCCCGGGCCCGGGGAACUGAGUCGCCUGUUCCCACAGGGCUGGGCGCUUGCUGGGGCCUGGCUUGCUUGGCGGUGCCUUGCUCCAGUACCCACCUGGCCCAGCCUCGGCGGAUCGAUGUUGGCCCCCCUCUGUAGCUCCAUCGCUUGCACCUGCUCCCGGCACAGCAUUGACCUGGCGCGCCUUCGUGGUAUCCACGCACCGCCUCGCUCUUUCUUGUGGAUUUUCUCUAUCCUUGAAAACGCCACCUGCUUCGUGUGCUGGGUUUUCUGCUCCACCGUGUUGGCCUUCGCUUGUCAUUUUCUUGCCUUUGUCUUCUUUCAAAAGUGAACUGCUUCCAGUGGUAAACUUUUGCGAAGGCUGUCGCUGUUUUGUAUUUCCUUGCGCUUUUUUUUGUAGUGCUGGCAUUCCAGUGGGGUCACGCGCUUGGCUACUUGUUUCCUUCUUUGCUCAAAAACGUAGGUAGAAACUGGAGCGGAAAAAAGUAUUGGGUUGGUUCACUUGGUUGGUAGAUGAAUCAGUGUGAUAGUUAGACCAUCCUGAGACUGCCUGGGCUUGGGUCAUUCUUUCACCUCCUCGUUGUGUCUCGCGUGAUGUCACCGAAGUGACACAUGUGAAGGGAAUGGGUGCCAUGCAGUUCGUGUUACGUGUGUCGCGUGUUGUCUUUGUUCUGUCUUGGUCGUUCUUCGUUCUUGUGUUUAUUUAAGUAAGUGUUUAGCCAAGUAGGGCGGUGGCGUUGUGGAACUGGGUCAGAAGACUUCGGACCCCGCUGGGGGUAUGUGUCAAGGUUCUGCUCGCAUUGGGCCAAAGAAGUCCCUAAAAAAAUUGUCGGGGGUCGAGGUGGAGACUGGCUCUUUCGGGCUGAUGGUUGCUUAGGCGCUCUCUUUUGUUUCAAAGUAUAGUUAUAACGGCACGCCCACAGGGACAGGUUGGGAAGAAUGUGACGCCGGGACCUAGGUUCGAUACUCACACCUGCCCAAACAAGAAGACACGCACAGGGGAAGUAGAACGCGGCCAGCCCCUGUCUCCGGUAAGGUAAGAAAAACUCGGGAUGAAGGGCCCUGGCCCAUAAUGAUAAACCCACAAGGGAACAAGAACGCGGCCGGGCUUCGGGUUCGUGAUUGUAAACACAAACCAGGCGACGACCGCGACCCCGUCGGGCUUGUCUGUGGUGCUCCGGCUGGUGCUAUGGGGUCUUGGCUAGUUUGUGCCUGGCGCUCUUCCCGGUGCUUGGGUGCUCUUGCUGGGUGGUGCUUUGGUCCUCUGUCUGAUAGACAGGUGCCCAGGUGCAACGGCUGGCGCACUGGGUGGUCGUCUGUUCUGUUUUGCUUUGGGCGGUCUGCGGGGCUGGUGCGGUGUGCUCUCUGGCUGGUGCGGUGCUUUGGCUGGCUUGCUUGGUGUUCGGGCUCGCGCGUCGCUGUGGCUGGCACAUCACUUUCACUAGCUGGUGCGCGGUUUCCCCUCUCUGGUUGGUGCGUCGCUCAGGCUAGUGCCUGAGCUCGUGCUCUGCUGUCCUGGCUUGCGCUCUGCUCGGGGUGUCGCUGCUUUGUAUCCGCGGGGGUGUCGCUAGCGUCCUAGCGGGUUUAGAGGCUGUGCCCACCAGCAUUGGUGCUGCUCGCUGCUGUCGUGUGUGUGGCGCUGGUCGUGUUGUGUGUGUGUUGUGGGUGGGCUGCGUUAGUGCCCGGCGAAGUGCUGGCGUAUUGUCUGCUCGUACUGAGGUGCUGCUGUGGCUGCUUGCUGGUUUGUUUUUCUGUGGUGCUCGCUUGGGGUAUUUCUGUGCGCCGUCGGGUCGGUCGGAGGCUGCGCUGAUUUGCUUUUGCGCUGGCCUUGGUUCUUGUCAGUUUGCUUGCCUCGCUCGUUCUUUGAUCUGUUUCGCCAUCACUGUCGCCUCGCUGUUCACCUUUGGCGACCACUUUUGCCGCCAGCGUGAGUCCAUCUGCUUGCAGAGCCGCCGCUGACCGGAAGAGAAACGGCGCAGCCGGCGGAUAUCAUAUUAGUAUUUUUAGGCUAAACAAGAAGAACUUUUCUCAAAUCCGGAAGAGGCUCUCUCAAGUGCCGACCUGAAGGAGAUCGAUUUCUUUAAAGAGUUUCCAUUUCAAAGAGUUACUAUGAUUGUUCUGAAGGCAAAAAAUUCUCCUUAAGGAGGCGCCUUAGGGAGCAGCUGUUAUAAAAUUGGGCGAAUAAUACACCCCCCCUCAAGGGCCACCGCCACCUCGCAAGGGCCGGGCCUUAGCUUGCUAGCUUCGUAGCCCUAGCUAGCCUGCUUGCUCACCCCUUGCCUGUAGCUACCUGGCUAGGAUAGCCGUCGGUAGCCUGCUAGCUGCUUAGCCAUAGCCAGCGUGCUAGCUGCUGCGCCUCCAUCGCUAACGAGCUUAUGAGGCAGCUGCUUGGCCUUAUUUAGCUAGCAAGCUAGCUACUUGGCCGCCAUGAUAGCUAGCUUGCUAGCUUCUUGGCCAUCGCUAGCUUGCUCCUAGCUGCUUAGCAAUAGCUAGCCUGGUAGCUGCUUCCUUUGCAAGACCUAGCGAAGCCGCUGCUUUCUUAGCCAUAGCCAGCUUGCUGGCUAGCUUGGCCAUGGCCAGGUUGCUAGCUUAGCCCGGCAGCCAGAGCCAGCCGUUUAGCUGAAUCUUGGCCAGCUUGCUAGCUCCGCCUUAUCUAGCACGCUAGCGCUGCCGUGGCCACUCCAGCUCGCUAGCUUAGCCACAGCCAGCCUGCUGCCUUAGCCACAAGAAAGCGACAGCUAGCUCGCUUGUUUAGCCAUGAGGGGCGUCCGGGAUAGUCCGUUCGGAACCAGCUGCGCGUCGCUAGCUUGGUGGCUUAGGGGCUUGCGCUGUAGGCUUAUUUGUCUAGCUGCUAACCGAUGCCCAGUGCAGGAGCGGGCCCGUGGUGGGCCCGCUUUCUGGGCAUGUAUGAACAUACGCCCGAAGUAUAGGCCCACAGGGGCUGCCUGGCGGUGCUGGGUCGCGGCCGCUCGAUGCUUGGUUGACCCUCCUCCAGCGUGUUUGUUGCUUUCGUCUGCUAGAGUGCUAGCUUAUUUUGCUUUCUCUUCUGGUGCGUUGGGUUUGAUAACUGGGCACCUGAACCUGUGGAUGAGACGAGAUACUUGCACCGGGCUAGUGAAAAUCUUUGUGCUGAUUUCUAAUGUAAGAACGCCGCUUUUGAUGCAUCCGCAUCUAAAUCGGAUUCCUAGCUGCUUCCAGGUGGGUACUGGCGUCGGUGCUGCGCUCCCACCUACGGUUGGCUUGCACAUUGACCUAUACGCAUUGGCGAUGGCGCUAGUGAGUCAGAGGUUUGGUGGUUUGCUUUCGAUUGAGGUGAGGCGCGUUUUUGGAGCGUCUUUGGGAUAUGCUUUCAUCGAACGAGAGCAGGCAAAGGGAGAGGGACUUUCUUCGGAUGACUUGGAUUUUCUGGAACCAUAUUUGCCUUGUUACGGCGUCGAGUCUGAUGCGCGACCCCCUGUUCGGAGUCAAGAAUAUUGCUCGUGGCAGGCGAAUUUCCAGCAGUUAGCAGCAGAGGCAUAUAAUGAAGUCGCCAUGGGCAGGGCAAGUGACGCGGAGCUCGCCCGCGUGAGGCCUGUUUGCUACAGGGGUUUCAGGCAGCACACGAUUCAGCGCUACCUCUUUAAUAUUUUCGUAGAUCGUGUUGAUCCUCUUGAUGAACGGCUUAGCGUCUUGGUGUCCAGGUGCCUCGUUUUCAGCGCGACGAUGAACACCAAAGUCGAGGGUUUGCCACUGUCACAGGAUGGGCUUGCUUACGUUGUGGCCGCAUCGUAUAAUACUGCUCGCGGCGCCGACGUCGAGCUUCAGGUUGUGUCUACCAAGUCCGGGAGCGAAGUAAAAGUUUGGCUUCGAUCGAAAGUAAAAGACAUUAGGAUGUCCACCAUCCACCAUGAUAUCGGCUACGAGUAUUUGGUGGAUCACUACGGCCAAGCUACAGAAGCGUCUUUGGUGGCCAGCUACAGUGGUCAAGCUACAGCAGGAAUAGGAGUCUUGGGUCCUGACCCAGUGUGGGUGCCAGAAGCGCGCGUUCGGGCUGCUUCGCCACUAUUUCUACAUGGGCAAACUGUGAUCCGCUAUGUCUAUGGCCAGCGGUUUCCGAACACCGACCUCGACAUGGACAUGGACAUGGACGUGGCACAGGCACAGCAUGCCACUGUUGCCUCUUCCAUGUGGCGGCCCACGAUUGGCCAGGUCUGUUAUUAUGAAGAGUCGCGUAGGUGCCUGCAGUGGCCAACUUGUUAGGGCCAUCAUUGUGCUUUGCGUCGGUCAUUCUGUACUUCACCCGCCCACUCCAGUACGCACCGGGAGCCGCCCAUCCUACACGCGACAUGCUUGGGGCGCUGAUUGUGGUCGCGGUAUUCCGCAUUCUGCCAUCUGGGUUCUUCUUCGAAAAUUAGGCCAGGGCCCUUCGUUCGCGUUGCAUGGCCUUGUGUUUUUUUGUUUUUGCUAGCCCAAGGCUGAGAAGGGGAAGGCCCCGGCCCCUCGGGACUGAUUCCGCCCUCGCGCUAGUUUAGCAGAGGACCUGUCGUGGAGCGGGGGCCCCCUCCCUGGGAUGGCGACGCAUGGGCGCUUUAGAUUACAUGCCCAGCGAGGUUCCCUCCCUGGCCGGCGGGGAUCCUCGCUCUGAGCGAAGGCCGCGCUUCAGAGGGUUGAUGUCAAAAAGGGGGACAAAAAGAGAGGGCCCACGGAUGCACCCCAAACAGCUUGGGGCGUUUAAGUAAUUGGCGACCAUUUAGGGCGGCGCAAGUCAAAGGGCUUGCCUGAGAGGGCACCCCGAGCCCACACAGGCUCGGCUCUUUUCGGUAGUUUUGUUUUCUGAAAAGAGAAAGGGGUGCAAAAUGCCGCCAAAGUGGCCCGGGCUCUUUUUGUCCACAGAAAGCACCCGCCCCGGGUGCGCCUUGCCUUGCUUGGCCCGGACUUGCUUCUGCGCCGGGUGUUGCCUCCAUGCAGGGCGGGCUGGAUGGCCGUGGCCGCUGCUUCUCUGCGGAUAUCGGAUGGCCGGCGGCCACGCGGUGCCCAGGGUAUUGUGAGUGUAUUAGGAUGGGAGUGUGCCAGGCCUUGCCCCUGGGUGGCAGCAUUCGUUUCUCAGUCGGAUCGUCCUCAGUCACAGUCAGGCGUCGGCGCUGCAUAAGUCUGAGCGAUCUGUUGCCACGAUUGCUGGGCUGGACGAGUGAGCGUUUGGCCGCACAUGCACAAUUAAGCGCUUAGUAUACAAGCACCUACCCAAUUCUCCUCCAUUGAGUCAUGAUUAGUUUUCCUUCGAUAGAUGGACCUGGACGAGAGCAGGAGCAGCACGAAGUGGUAGAGCAGAACGAAAACGGGCUUCUUCUUUUUGAGCUGGGAACCUCUGUCUGGCUUUGGGAUGCGAGUGUCGGUCGUUUGACUGAGUGGCGGAUAGAAUCCUUCCAGCAACACUAUCCUCGACGUGUUAUUUCGUACAAGGUCGUGAAUGAGCUUCAGCAACAGGAGCGCAAGGAUGUCGAAACGCACCUGCUGAGGAGGCUUCCGCUGUCAUGA